UCAAAGUCUGUCACAUGGAAUCUACGCCUUGCUGUAGCGACUCUGGCGACACGAAACACGCACUCACUCCCAAGAGACUCUGCAACCGCCCGGAGCUGCCGAACCGGAAACCCUAACCACUCACCGGAACGCCGUCGUUUCUGCCAUUUCUCAACGCCGGAGCUUGAAGAUUGCAACUAUAACUUACGGGGUUUAGUUUUCAACUUUUCGUUACUGUUGAGUCGAUGCAACUUUCUAUUUGAUGGGAUUCAAGGAUGCAGUUUUUUACUCUAGAAAAAGGUGUUCGAUGAUUUAGCGGUUUGAAUUUUUUGUAAUGGAUGUUCAAGUGAUAAACAUGGCAGAAGAAGGAAGUGGCCGUCAAACUAUAGCAAAUGGCGGGGAUGCUGAACGUAGUAAAAAUGAAGUUAAUGGUGCUGGAAAUAAUGGAUCUCAUGUUCAGAAUGGGGUUUCUGAGCCACGUGUGAAGGAGCAUAGCCAUUCCAUGGUGAGCGGUAAUAAGGUGAAUAAUCUUCUACCUCGCAGGCACUUUUCAAGUGUGGGAAGGACCAUGCCUGAAACUUACCAAGGAGUCGGGCUUGUUCCAAGUGGUGUUAUGUCUAUCUCUUUGAACGGGAGUCACAGUGCCACUGAAAAUAUUCAUGGGAUUAGGAAUAAUCCUGCACCUGCAGCAGCUGCUGGUGAAACAAGUCGCCCAGUUAAAAUAGGUCCUGUAUCGAUGAAUUAUACUGUUAGGCGACCACCUACACGAAAUAGGACAUUUGGAAGGGAUGCUCAGAACAUGCUGGAGUAUUUUAAGAAAGUGCAGGCCGAGAACCCUGGUUUCUUCUAUGCAAUACAACUUGAUGAAGAUAGUCAUAUGUCUAAUGUGUUUUGGGCAGAUGCAAGAUCAAGGGCAGCUUACAGUCAUUUCGGUGAUGCAGUUUCUCUGGACACCACAUACAGAGUAUAUCAAUAUAGAGUGCCAUUUGCUCCAUUCACUGGGGUAAACCACCAUGGUCAGAUGAUUCUGUUUGGUUGUGCGCUCCUUUUGGAUAAUUCUGAGGCUUCUUUUGUUUGGCUCUUAAAGACUUUUCUGACAGCUAUGAAUGGCCGUCACCCUGUCUCUAUAACUACUGAUCAAGACAGAGCUAUACAGACUGCAGUUUCACAAGUUAUGCCUCAAGUGCGCCACCGCAUAAACAAGUGGGAUGUCUUGCGAGAAGGCCAUGAAAAGUUGGCUCAUGUAUGUCACUCACAUCCAAAUUUUCAGGUUGAACUUUAUAAUUGUAUUAACCUGACAGAGACUAUUGAGGAGUUUGAUUCAUCUUGGAAUUCUAUCAUUAGUAAAUAUGAACUCGGAAGAAACGAUUGGCUUCAAUCCUUGUAUGGUAUUCGUGCUAAAUGGGUUCCAGCAUAUUUCCGUGAUUCGUUUUUUGCUGUAAUAUCUCCUAAUCAAAGAUUUGGUGGUUCUUUUUUUGAUGGUUUUGUCAACCAGCAGACAACAUUACCUAUUUUCUUUAGGCAGUAUGAACUAGCUCUGGAGAGCUGGUUUGAAAAGGAAAUAGAAUCAGAUUUUGAGACAAUUUGCACCACACCAGUUCUAAAGACACCUUCGCCCAUGGAGAAGCAGGCUGCUGAUCUGUAUACACAGAAAAUAUUUUUGAAGUUUCAAGAAGAGCUAGUUGAAACUUUUGCUUAUACUGCCAACAGAGUCGAAGAAGAUGGGGAAAAUAGCAUAUUCAGGGUUGCAAAAUUUGAGGAUGACCAAAAGUCGUAUAUUGUCAUAUUAAACCACUCUGAGCUGAGAGCUAACUGCACUUGCCAUAUGUUCGAGUACUCAGGCAUUCUAUGUAGGCAUGUUUUAACUGUUUUCAUGGUGACUAAUAUUUUUACGUUGCCAUCCCAUUACAUCUUAAAACGGUGGACAAGAAAUGCAAAAAGCAGUGUUGGAUCAGUUGAAGAGGUUGGUGAAUCACAUGGACAUGAGUCUCUGACAUCACGAUAUGCCAGUUUAUGUCGUGAAGCUAUUAGAUACGCUGAGGAAGGGGCAAUAGCUAUGGAAACUUAUGAUGCUGCUAUGAGUGCCCUGACAGAAGGUGGGAAGAAGAUUGCUGCCGUGACGAGAAGUAUUGCCAAAGUUGCACAACCUAAUGAUAAGGUCAGUGGGACUGCCUGUGGUGAAAGGAAAACCCCUACCUUAACAUCAGAUACAACCCCUUUUUUAUGGCCACUACAAGUUGAAACAACAAGGAGGUAUCUUAAUGAUGCUGGUGCACCUGUUCAAUCAGGUUCUAUUAGAUAUGCUGGGGAAGGUGCAACAGCUAUGGAAACUUGUGAUGCUGCAAGGGGUGCUCCUAGAGAAGGUGGGAAGAAGAUUCCUGUCACGAAGAGAAGUAUUGCCAAAGGUGUACAACCUAAUGAUCUUGUUAGCGGGACUGCUUAUGGUGAAAGGAAAACCCCUACUUCAGAUACAAGUACAACCCCUCUUUUAUGGCCACAACAAGAUGAAACAACAAGGAGGUUUAAUCUUAAUGAUGCAGGUGCACCAGUUCAAUCAGUUAGCAAUAGAUAUGCUGAGGAAGGGGCAAUAUCUAGGGAAACUUAUGAUGCCACAAUAAGUGCUCCUAGAGAAGGUGCGAAGAAAAUUACUGUCAUGAAGAGAAGUAUUGCCAAAGUUGCACUACCUAAUAGUGGGACUGCUUACGGUGAAAGGAAAACCCCUACUUUAACAUCCGAUACAAGUACAACCCCUCCUGUAUGGCCACUACAAGAUGAAACAACGAGGUUUAACCUUAACGACUCUGGUGCAUCAGUUCAAUUAGUUGCUGAUAGGAAUUUACCACAAACGUCCCCUGUGUCUCUUCAACAAGAUGAUGGUCCACCUGAAAACAUGGUGGCUCUUCCAUGUCUGAAAACGAUGACAUGGGUAAUGCAGAACAAAAACUCAACGCCAGAGAGCAGAGUAGCUGUUAUCAAUCUUAAGUUGCAAGAUUUUAACAGGACUCCAUCAAUAGAAUCCGUGGUUACGUUUAAUCUCACAAGUGUUUCAUUGGAACCCAUGUUGAACUAUAUGACCCACAUCAAUGAACAGCUUUCGACACCAGCUAGUAAGGUUGCUGUAAUAAAUCUCAAGCUUGAAGAUACCCAGACAUCUUCUGGUGAGUCUGAAGUUAAGUUUCAGGUGUCCAGGGACACAUUGGGUGCUGUGCUACGAUCAAUGACCUAUAUCCGCAAGCAACUUUCAUGUGCGGGCGAUGUCCACUCAGAAACCACAAUGAAAAGGCAUCGGAAGUGAAGCAUCAAUUUUUUUUUAUUGGUACCCAGGUGGGUAUGCAAGUAUUUAUUCUUGAUGGCAAUGUUGCGACCACUUAAUGCACAAAUGGCUUAGAAAAUCUAGUUAUUUUUUGACGGUAAGUAUCUCUACUGUGUAAGUUGUCUAACACAUCUGUACAUGUAUCAUAUCGUAGGCAGCGAAUUUGUUUUACUAGGAAACAUUUGGAAAACCCUCUCCCUUAUGAAUGUUAAUAUUAAUUUUGGGUUA